GUACUAUUUCGGAAUACCAGGAUUUGGGUUGUAGCUACUGAGUCUUGGGUCUCAGUGGUUCAAAAACUUCACUCUGAAAUAACUCCGCCACGGCUGUCGCCGUCCUUGAAAGGUUGUGAACAAUUUCUUGAAUUAGUGAAGACACCUUUUAUUUACUCAAAUUCUGCAACCAAUUCAUACAAAAAUGGCAGAUCAAUGGGAUAACUAUACGUUCGCGUUGCCACACCCAUGGAACACAAAUUACCGCAUCUUUCGCUCAGCAGCUGCCGAUUCAGCUUCUUCCGCAAGCUUUCAAAUCGAGCUGGUUCAGACAAAAGAGCCCAAAGGCAAAGGAUCCGCAGCAGUGAUUCAAAAACCACUUCACAACUCGAAUAUCUUAUUCGGUCAUCUGUUAGAAGGAGAGAAGGUUUCAAUUGACGACAAUACGUCAUGGGCUAGGGCACGAAGAGCUCCAUCAGCGACGAUUCAGUGGAAGGGGACUUCAUCACCGACUCUCAGUCAGAUUUGGCUCAUUAUUUAUGCCUCUUUCUCACUAUCACCCGAACAUGAGAAAUUCCGACUCCAACUCAAUGGAGCAAACAAAUCAAACCUCCAAGAGGACUUGAUAUCCGUCGGUCUUACAUCCAGCCAUCCUUCUGGAAAGGACAAACCCCACUCAGAAGAGCUCGUCGUUCUUCGAGAUACCUUCUGGCAAGGAGCUGGUUCCCCGUUCGGAGCAAGACCCCUCUGGCUCGCAGAACAAAUUACUCUCAAAUCAUCAAACCAAGAACUAUCAUCCUACCCACUCAUGCCACUCACCUACACACAAACCAACAAAUUCCCCGCUUCUCGCAUAUAUGCACACCAUCCCGUCCGACCAGCGAAGCCAACCCCUGGAUCUGUCAUCUACAGUCGCUAUAUUCCUCAUCUCCAAGAACACUUCUCUAUGGUUGCAUUGGAUUAUGAAAAUCCUGAGCACUUGAACCUUUUCCACACGUGGCAGAAUGAUCCUCGUGUUGCGCAGGGAUGGAAUGAGACAGGUACUUUGGAGCAACAUCGUACUUAUUUGAGGAAUUUGCAUGAGGAUAAACAUAUUGUGACCAUCUUGGCGAAAUUUGAGGAGACUUUCUUUGCUUAUUUUGAAGUUUACUGGGCCAAGGUAUGAACAAGCAUUCUCCCAACUCUUUUUCCUCCGGGAGUGAUACUGACAUUCCAUGAAGGAGGAUACACUAGGAGCCUACUACAAUGCAGGAGACUUCGAUCGCGGACGCCACUCCCUCGUUGGUGAUAUCCGAUACCGAGGACCACAUCGUGUCAGUGCAUGGUGGUCAAGCUUGAUACAUUACAUUUUCCUCGAUGAUCCUAGAACAACUUGUGUGGUUGGAGAGCCAAGGGCCACAAAUAGUCGGGUUCUGGCGUACGAUCUUGCGCAUGGAUUCGCGGUGGAGAAAUUUGUGGAUUUCCCACAUAAGAGAAGUGCGUUUGUGAAGUGUUCGAGGGAGAAGUUCUUUAGUUUGUGUCCAUUUGAGUGGGACGGCGGAAGGAGCUUGGAGGAGGCAGAUAAGUGGUAUCAAGCUAGUAGAGGAUCGAAGUUAUGAGUGGUGGAAAAUGU